CUUUCCACCAACAAAGAACCAACACAGCAGCACACUUAAAUAUCCAAAGAAACGCACACCACCUCCACAACAUACACUCCACAAUUCUCUUUCACCUCAAUAGACACACACAGACAAAGUGAAUAGAAAAAACGCUUUUCGGGGAAGAACAAGACUAACCCUACCUCAACAAAAGCACAAAUCAAACCCAACACCUUCUACCAACUCAACAUGCUCUUCCUCAGUCCAAACAACAUCAUGCGCGCACCAUGAUUGCACUUCUCUCCGUCCUCUCCUCACCAUCUCCAUUGCCAACCCAGCCCUGUCUCCGACAAUGAAGUUUUCACCAUCAAUGCUCGCGACGGAGAGAUUUGCAGCACCUCUAGAGUAGGCUGGUGCACUUUGGCUGUCACUGUCAGAACCGAAGCAGUCAAAGAUGGACUUCAAGAUUACAUUAGGGUUCUCGACAGCACCUGUAAUGAAAUUGGAGGCGCUUGGCAAGAUUUCGAUAUCGAUUUGGCAAGUCAAAUUCGAUUUAAGAUCAUUGGAACAUUUGCACCCGGCGCCCCCGACAGCCCAGAACUUCUUGAAUCCAUGCCACGUUUUUGCUAUGGAUUAAGAUGCUGGUCUUCGGCAAAUAAUUGCUGGAAGCCGCUCUUUUGUUAAUCCUGGCAAAUGGAUCAACAGUUGUAAAUUCCAAUGCAACGAAUGAGGAUGUUUGCUGAAUACACGAAUGAUCCAACAACACGGAUAGCAAUGAAAGGGAGCUGGAUCUUGUCGAUAAAUUUUGGUGAUUUUGACAGACGUCAGGCUACUGAUUAGCCUCGCUAGAGGACAUGCUUAGGAUCUGUUUCUACUUUUAGUCUGAUUUCGGAGUUUUUUUCCUUGGGUAUCUGUCAAUUGACCUUGUUCCACAGAGCAUCCAUCAUCCGCUUUCAACUUUGGUUCAGGUCGAGUGGCAGCUGGUCUGACAUCUAUCCGAUUAGAGUUUCGGAUUUUUCCGGGAUU